AUGUGGGCCCAGACCGCUGCUCUGCUGCUCGCCUGCUGCCUCUGGCCAGCUGAGGCUCAGACUGGAAGGGGUCAAAGCAUUUGGGAUCCACCGAUCAAAUUCAGCACCAAGGCUAAAGACUCAUGCACCAUGAUUGUCACCGGUCAAGGGGAAUUCACGAGGCUGAGACUGUCAUGCCAGAGGAACAAGCGCUCUUACUGGUGUGACUACAUAGGCAAGCCUCACACCUGCACCCCUUACAACAAAAAUCCUCGACACUAUUUCGUGCAGAUGAUGUGGAACCUGAGAAAGCUGGACAAUGCCUGCCAAGCACCAAGACAGAUUAAACCUCACAUGUGCAGGAAGGCAACUGAUGACUCUCAGAUGGUCUUCUCAUCAUCUUCAGUCUUCCAGUCACGAGCAGAGGCUUCUUCUAGGAAAGUAGCAAGACCUCAACGUCGGCCUACACCAACAAGACAAGCUGUCCAAUCCAUUCAAUGGCCACAAAAAGAAAAGACCAUUCAGGAAACUAGUACUCAACCACCAUCAACAAUACCUGCUGUUGAGAGCAACGCUAAAAGAAUGGCUCGGCAGAAUUGCUGGAGGUCGAUGCAGGGCAUCUGCUCGUUCUUCAUUGGUUUGUUUCGUAAUUAA